AUGGAUCAAUACCGUUGCAAACGUUACGGAAAUAUAGUAACACGAGAUGAGGAUCUCCCUCGCUACUUUCACAAGAAAUUUGACUACAGGUAUUCACCACAAGAGCCAGUAGAAUCGGAUGGUUUUUCGAACCAGAUUCGUGCAACAACUGAUGUAGAAAGUCAAAUGCGACUUGAAAAUAGCAAAUGGCAAUCUUUAAAGAACGAUAAAAAUAAUUUCAUAUACUCUCUAGAAUGCGUUAUCAACAAAGCAAUUUCAGAUUGUAAAAAAAUUUCUGGAACAGCAAAUUUGAUUGCGAAUCCUGAUCUCCCAUCAGGAAGUGAAGAGCCGGAAAAUGGCAAGAGGCAAGUGUCAGAGGGUGAGACUAAUGAACAUACAUUACUGGAAGUGCACUCUCAAGGUCACAAUAAGAACAAGAAAAUGACUACAUACGUGAAGGACCCUAUCCCUUUCAAGGAAGAUGACAAUGCCGUGGCUGGACCUUCGGGAAUGAGUCCUCUUGAGAAGAAAUUUUCUUGCAGUGUAUGUACUAAGGAAUUCAAUUAUAAAUAUAAUCUCUACAGACAUUAUCAAACCCACACUGGCGACAAACCCUUCAAGUGCUAUGUAUGUAAUAAACAAUUCUCUCAGAAAGUAAAUCUCGACGCACAUUACAAAAUCCACACUGGCGAAAAACCUUAUGCUUGUGAUAUAUGCGAAAAAAAAUUUAACAGUAAACACAAUCGCGACACUCAUCAUCGAACCCACACCGGUGACAGACCUUUCUUGUGCGACGUUUGUAAUGAAGGUUUUACUCAAAAGGUUCAUCUUAUUAGACAUAAAAAUAGGAAGCACACUGCAGAAUGGAAUGGCUUUUAA